UACUGUUUCUCACACAAUAUUGCAUACUUUAUUAAUAUCGCAUGACAUAUCGAAAUACUAUCCGCGUUUUCGGCUACGGAUUACGUAAUUUGUUGAUCUUCGUCACAAAAAUUUACGAAACAUCAAUAGCGAUGUGUGAAGGCGUUUCUCGAGCGAAGAGCGUAGAGUUGUUGUCUACACCAAAAAGUUGUUCUGUUUGUAGGUGUGUGCGUACCUACAAACUGCCGCAGGUUAUGCGAAAGUAUGUCGUAUCGAGGCACGGGCGGCGCAUGGGACGGCGGGCCGCCGGGCGCUGAGGCGGAGUACGCGCCGCAGCCGCCGCUGCCCGCCGCGCCGCCCGCCGGCCCCGCACACGCGCCCUACCAGCGCGCGCUGCCCGCCACCGACCCCUGGACCGGCGUCAGCUACAGCCAGUAUGGCCACCCACCCAAUUAUGAAUACCAGAACUAUGGUGGCUACGGCUACAACUAUGAUUCCAAUUACUACGCCAGGCAGGAUGGAAACUAUUACAAGUAUCCCGAUUCUAGAUCCGCUUAUCCCUCUACAGCGAGUGGUUACGAAUACCCGCCGAGACCACGCGAACGAUCUCGGUCACCGGUUGACUCGCGGUCCUAUGAACGCCGCCGAAGAUCGUAUUCCAGGAGUGUAUCGCCAUAUGAAAAGAGGGAAAGAGCUUAUUCUAGAAAGAGAGAUAGCAGCUAUGAAGAGAGUCGAAGAGGUCGCUCCAGAAGCAAAUCUGCAAAAUCAAAAAGAAAAUACUCUUCUAGUGACCGUUCUAGCUCACGGUCGAGAUCUUAUUCUCGUUCAAAGGAGAUGAAAAAGAGAAGGCAUUCUGAGUCUUCUGAUUCAUCUGAGAGGUCAUAUAAGAGAGGUGGUAAAAGUGGCAGACGUGACUCUAUUACUCCACCUUUGAAAAGUAAAAGAUCUAGAUCUCACUCCCUGAGUCCUAGGAGAUCUUCUAGCAGGUCUCCCAGACUGAGAUCUGAGAAGGAAAUGUUAAAAAGCAAAGAUGGAAAAUCUCAUUCUAGUAAGAAUGUGAAAGUUAAAGACAGUAGGCUCAGAGAAGAUAACACACCACCUCCCAGAAAAAAAAGGGAGCACUCUACCACUCCCCAAAAGAGACGAAGCAGGGAUUCUGAUAGAUCCUCACUUACUCCACCUAAGAGUUACAAAAAAUCUGAACGUUCUGAAGUGAGCCCUUCAAGAAGCUAUAAGAGUCAAAGCAGCUCUAAAAGAAAGCCACGAGAUAGCUCUGUGACUCCUCCCAAAUCAUAUGCUAGGAGUCGCCACUCUUCAAGUUCUAAAUCUCGCUCGAGAUCGCCUUCCCCGCGAUCUACAAAACGUAAACGUUCGCACUCGCCUAAAACACGUCGCUCGUCUUCGAGGUCCUCCAGAUCAUCUGCAUCCCCUAGACGUUCGCGGUCUAAAUCCAAGCGCCGCACCCGGCGCUCGAACAGUCGUUCAAAACGCCGCUCUGUAAGCAAAAGUAGAUCAAAAUCUCGACGUAGAUCUAAGUCUAAAGGCAAAAAGAGAUCAGCAAGCCGAUCAAAAUCUCGAUCGAAAUCCCGAGGAUCUGACUCUCGCAGUCGUAGUGCUUCGCCAACCGAUGAUGAACGUCGCGGACAGUUUACUGUCGCUGAUAGAAAACGAUUCUGGAAACUGCACCGAAGCAGACAAGAGGAGAAACAAAAAGAUAAAUCACCGCUGAAGGAAGUGAAGCCGCCGCCGGGUGCUUUAGAGAGCACGAAAGUCGAUGACAUUGAAUACGGCGAUCCUCCUGAAGUGGAGGGCCCGAACUUCGCAGAACUGUUACCCACUGCCGACCAAGUAUUAAUUAACUCUGCAUCUUCGUCCAAAUCUAAAAACAUUCCGAUACCAAUAAAGAAUGAUGGCAGUUUCUUAGAAAUGUUUAAAAAGAUGCAGGAGGAGACUAAAAAGAUUGAGGACCUAGAAAAGAAGCCAGAAAUCAAAAAGCCGUUACCUUUUAUCGGAAAGCGGCGCGGUGGGCGAGUGUUGAAAACUGGCAUGGUGAAGAAAGCCAAAGCCAUAGAUGAACAAAACGCUGACAAUACGCCGAAAGACGCUUGGUCUCUUUACAUGCAGGAAGUGAAGAAAUACCGUGAAACCUCCUGCGAGGAAGAGCGAAAGACUCGUCCACUCGUCAAAUAAAUAAAGUUAACAUAAUUUCUUUUUUAGUAUUAAGUUAUCAUUGACAUCUGUGUAAUUACGUGUUAUCAUUUAUCACUUUAUUUUAUACAUAUUACAUAUUUGUAUUCUAUUCUUUGUGUCUAUCUAACCGAACUUUUAGUUGUUACUUUCACAUCCAUUGUGAUGCAGAAUUUCCGAAUAAAGUAUUUUGAGAAAG